GCUUUAAAUUGAAUAUAUAUAUAUAUACAUACUUAUGUAAUGUAAAGACGCACUUCUGCUUUUUGAUUAUCCACAUACCCUUUACGUCACAUGCAAACCACUUCACACUUGCAAAGACUAAAAUUUUGCCUCACUGACAAGAAAAGCAUAACCCCUCUACUUCUUAUAAUAUCCCAAUCCCUCAAUAUAUCCCUUGCUUCCCCACAACCACAUAAGCUACCUUAUACUGCUAUAUUCAUACUAGAACUUUGACUAAAUAGUUAUCCACAUGAAACUCACCAACAAUCCCAGAGUGUAGUUUUUGAUCAUUACCUUGAAUUCCCUAGCCAAAAUCUUUGAGAUUUAGUGAGUUUGUAGAAGAUGAGAGCAGGAAUUUGUACUGUGCAGCAGACUCUUACUGCUGAGGCUGCAAGCGUAGUGAAGCAAGCAGUGAGUCUUGCUAAACGGCGAGGUCAUGCUCAAGUGACUCCUCUCCAUGUAGCAAGUUCUAUGCUUGCAUGCUCUACUGGUCUUCUUCGGAAGGCUUGCCUUCAAUCCCACUCUCACCCUCUCCAAUUUAGAGCUUUAGAGCUUUGCUUCAAUGUUGCACUUAAUCGUCUUCCUGCAUCUGCAUCAACUCCUCUGUUGGGCCCUCACUCCCAUCAUACUACCCUCUCCAAUGCCUUGGUUGCUGCCUUCAAGCGUGCUCAGGCUCACCAACGCCGGGGCUCUAUUGAGAACCAGCAACAGCCCAUUUUAGCUAUCAAGAUAGAACUAGAAAACCUCAUUAUCUCUAUUCUAGAUGACCCCAGUGUUAGUAGAGUCAUGAGGGAAGCUGGUUUCUCUAGCAGCCAAGUAAAAAACAAGGUGGAGCAGGCUGUUUCCUUUGAGAUUUGCUCUCAAACCACUCCUAUGGGUUGCCAGACCAAAGAAAGCCCCAAACUUCAACUCCUCGGACCUGAUCUGUCUCGAUCUUCAGCUUAUACUCACUUUAGUUUGUCAAUCAGCAAACCACUAGAUCAUGCUAGGAAUGAGGAUGUAACAAAUGUUUUGAACUCCAUAGUAAACAAAAGGAGAAACACUAUAAUCGUGGGAGAGUGUCUAGCUACUGCCGAGGCUGUAGUUAGAGGGGUGAUGGAUAAGUCUGAGAAAGGACAAGUUCCUGGGGAUUUAAGGUACGUUCAGUUCAUCAACCUUCCACUCUUCUCUUUGAGAAAUCGCCCCAAGGAUGAGGUGGAGCAAAAGCUUAUGGAGCUUAGGUACCUUGUGGAGAGUUACGUGGAUAGAGGGAUCGUCUUGUAUUUGGGUGAUCUCAAAUGGGUUUCUGAGUUUUGGUCAACCUAUGGUGAAAGAAGGAGAAGUUACUACUGUCCCGUCGAACACAUAAUCAUGGAGCUUAAAAGAAUAGUGUGUGGAAUUAGGGAGAGUGCUGGAAAAUUGUUUCUUCUGGGAAUUUCAACUUUCCAGACUUACAUGAGAUGCAAAGAAGGGCAUUCUUCUCUUGAGGCAAUAUGGGAACUUCAUCCUGUUACAAUUUCAGCUGACAGCUUGAACCUUAGUCUGACUCUUGACAGGAACGCUCAAAGCACUAUGAGCAGUCCCAAUAACAAGGAGUCAGCUACAAAAAUCUUUUCUGCCAGCUCAAGCUUGCCUUCGUGGUUGCAACAGUACAAGGAAGAACGCAAAACAAAUACUGCCAAUGAUCAGGCAAAUGUCAAUGUGAAGGAUCUUUACAAGAAAUGGGAUCUGUUUGGUUCAGUUGACAAACACCACUACAACACUGAGGAACAUCUUAAUAUUUCUCUAUCUCCUUCUCCCUCAACUUCAGUCUCCUCUCAAGAUCAUAACAAAAACCUCCAUCAGCCCCAACUCAAUACUUGGCCAGUCAUUUUUGAACCAAAACAGUCACCCAAAGAACACCAGUUUUUGAUGUUUGAAAGUAGUAAUGAAGGCUACAAGGUCCAAACAGUAACUGACCCUAAGCCAGACCUCUUAUCAAAUCCUAACUCUAGCCCAAAUUCAGCUUCAACAAGUGAGGCAAUAGAGGAGGAUGCUGAUGAGCUUUAUGGAUUCAAGGAGGUUAAUGCUGAGAACAUGAGCAUUCUAUGUAAUGCGUUGGAGAAAAAGGUUCCAUGGCAGAAGGAGGUCAUUCCUGGAAUAGUUAGCACACUUCUUGAAUGUCGGUCCGGAACAAGCAAAAGCAAGAACUGGAUAAAGCACAGAGAGAAGAAAGAAGAAACUUGGUUGUUUUUCUCAGGUGCUGAUUCUGAAGCCAAACAGAAAAUAGCAAGGGAGCUAGCCAGACUCGUUUUUUGUUCUCAAAGCAGCUUUGUUUCAAUAGGUCUGAGCAAUUUCUCAUCAUCGACAAGAACAGAUUUAACUGAUGAAGGAUCUAACAAGAGGAUGAGAGAUGAACGGGGGGGAAGUUAUCUUCAAAGGUUUGGCGAAGCAUUGAAUGAGAAUCCUCACAGAGUAUUUUUAUUGGAAGACUUGGAACAAGUUGAUGGUUGUUCUAGAAGGGGCAUCAGGCAAGCAAUGGAAGGUGGAAAAGUGACACUUCCUCUUGGUAACAGUACAGUUCCUCUUAAGGAUGCCAUUAUCAUUUUCAGUUGUGAAAGUUUAAGUUCUGUGACAAGAGCAUGUUCACCCCACAGACGGCGGAAAGUUGAUGAGACCGAAGAAAAGGAUUGGAAGGAAGAUAUGGUAGAGAAAAGUGCAGGUGUCUCUCUAGAUUUGAAUAUGGCCGUUGAAGAUUCAUGUGGCCAAAAUGAAGAUUCAUGUGGCAAAAUUGGAAUUUUGGAGUUUGUUGAUAGGCAAACCAUAUUUAGAGUGCAAGAACAGUGGGAGAGAGUUGAUUAAUUAAAUUGUAGAUUCUGUGGUGGGAAUUCAUUUCUUCUUUUUCUUGAUUUGUAUUUUGUGUGGUAGUUUUGUGGGAGAGGGAAAGAAAGAAUUCAAACUAACAGGGGAGGUAUGACAGGAUUUUAGUAAGUUAGCUAGGUUUGCAUGAUGAACACUGUAUCUUUUAAAGUUUUCUUUUUGUUACAUAUAUAUAAUGCAGGGUUUUUUCACUUCUAAUUAUUGUUUUGAUAAGUGGGGUUUUCUGAUUUCAA